CCAACAUCCCGUCCGUCGCCAAUUUUAUGACCUGCCAGGAAGGAUAUGCUACUGCAGGGACGGUCCAAUGCGACAAAGGUCCAAGUCUGGCCGGCGCACUGCUCUCUGACGGCUGGCUCAUCAGCAGAGAGCGUGAGGCGCCUCGGGGCGCUGUCAGAUCGCAGCUUGUCAACAGGUUGGUUCUCGAUCCCCCGUUAAGAACAGCUGCCAUGCCGUCUGCUUGAACCUGGCCGUCUCUUGCUGCGAACGCCGGAAUGAGGUCUGUGCCGCUGAAAAUCAUGUGGCAGAACCGACUCACUAUUAAUACCUUGCAGCCAACGUGCACAACGACGGGCCAACGCGACCCGAAGUGACCAAUCUUUUACAUCUCUCGCCGAAGAGUAAGCCGCCAGCAUUAGUGUGCAUAUGCACAUUUCUUGUAAUAUUUUUAGGGAUGAGAUCGGGGAAGUAAAAGGGGAAGAAAAGAGAAGCCUCCACCCGGUGGAAGUUCUCAUCUUCAUCUAAUUCCAACACGCUACCAGGAGAAGCCGUUUGAUGAACUUGCAAGUUGAAUCGUGUCGCCGCCUCGUCCGCGCAUUUCAUGCCAUUCAAUAUUUCGGUACACGACAACUGCCCUUCUGCUGCAAUCAAGCGUCCACUGGUCCCUCGGCUAUACCUUGAUGCACCAUGGCGACGGUAGAAGAAGCAAAGGCCAUCGUGCAGCGCCUUACUGCAUUAUACGGCAUGCUGGACAAGAAGAUGAUGGAUGACAUUGCCAAUUGGAACCCUCAAUACCGUCAGAGCAUUGACGAAGCCUGGCUCACGCUAGAAACUGCAGCAUCGAAGUCGAUCAAAACGCUAGCAAAGCAAAUUUAUGGGAGCGGUGCUCGUUUUGUAUUCGAAUUGCUCCAAAAUGCAGACGACAACAAGUUCAAGAUUGCAGAGGCACAAAAUGCGCCUCGCUUUGUCUCGUUCAAGAUGUUUCAGGACUACGUUGUCAUCGACUGCAACGAAGACGGAUUCAAUGAGAAAGACUUGGAGGCUAUAUGCGCUGUGGGCAAAAGCACCAAGACUGCUUCUGGGUCUGGAUAUAUUGGCAACAAAGGCAUUGGCUUCAAGUCCGUCUUCAUUGCGGCGUCCACUGUCUACAUUCAAUCUGGAAAUUACUCCUUCCAGUUUCAUCACAGAAAGACGGAUCCGGGGCUCGGGAUGGUCCGCCCCGUGUGGAAAGAACCCACAGAACAGCUACCCACGCCUUUGACCCACACGACACUCCAUCUCCACAACGAGGGGAGUUCGACGGAGAUCGAGCACCUUCGAUCCAUCAUCCGUGAGCAACUAGAAGAGCUACAGGGAACCUGCUUAUUGUUUCUUCAAAGGCUGCAGUGCAUAAGCGUGGAAAUCUACGGUGAGGAUGGGAAGAUGCAAAAGUCGACGCGGUUCACCAAGCGUGAGGUAGAUACCUAUCGUGUGUCUGUGGAAACCACCACGUCUAUUGCAGGCUCAAAGGAGUCCACGGAGAGUCAGAUCUAUCACAUCACGAAGAAAAUUGCGACCGGGGUUGGUGAGGGCACAAAUCGUGAGGUAGCAGACUCAGCGAAAGGGGAAACCAUUGUUAGCACCGCAGAAAUCGUUUUGGCCUUCCCCUUGACGGAGAACUCGAGGCCAAUGGUCUAUCAAAAGCAGUAUGUUUUUGCCUUUCUGCCAAUACGGAAACUCGAUUAUAGGUUCCUCAUUCAUUCCGAUUUCGACACGAAUUCCAGUCGCGAGGACGUCAUUACUACGUCGAAACGGAAUCUUAACCUCCUGGAAUGGAUUGCCAAAACCUUCGUGGAGGCUGUCUUGCAGUUCUGUGAGGACUCCAGACUUUGUUACGUGUGGCCAUCAUUUCUUCCAUCCCUGGAAGAAGAAUCAAGCACUAGUGCUUUUUGGUCGCGUCUAAACAACAAGAUUGCAGAGGAGAUCAAGGCCACUCCUGUGCUGAGGUCCAGGCGCCGGAUAGACCUACGUCGAAUAAGAGAGGUUUCGAUACUUUCGGAUGAUGCAAGACUUGCAGACGGCACUCCGGUGCUUGAGACAGCCGAUGAUCUCUUUUUAUCGCCGGAAUAUUCACACUCCAUGACCCGGAUUUUAAAACCAUAUGGCCUUAAAUUAUUGAAUUUUUUCAUGUUUGUCGACAUGGUAGAGAAUGAUAUCCAUGCCUCGGAUUCGAAAAUGCGCGGGAGAGAUACGACUGAAGAAUGGCAUACUGUCGUUGCGAAGUUGCUUCUGAGGAUUUUGGCAAAUCCAGAUCUUUGGGAGCGUUUAAAACGACUUGACUUGAUUCCACUACGAGACGGGAACUGGGUCUCUUCUUUAUCAUCAACGGUAUAUUUUCCCGAAGCAAAUGGCGUCAUGAUUCCAGAGGACGUGGACAUGAAUAUCCUCGAACCAAGGGCAACAUCAAAUCAGGAUCGCAAGGCCCUAUUCAAGAGUCUUAGUGUGAAUGAGGCGUCAAUUAGAAUGAUCAGAGACUCUAUACUCCAAAAGUUCACCUCCUUGACACAAGGUCCUCGUCUCAUCAGGUCUUUCGACGCACAUCUGCGGUUCCUCUAUCAAACAUCGCAGCCACGAUCCAACCACGCUACCAGAGGCUCCAACGAAAUUUUCGGCAAAGUUAUUCUAAUUCGGGAAAACAAUUCCCGAGUUUGGCCGCAUACCAUCCGUCAUGGCAAGAUUGGCUUCACGAAUCAGUUGGUACCAGAAAAGUUUCUCGGGAUGCUUGAGUUUCUCUGGAAAGCGGAAGGCCAGCGCAUAAGGGACAGUGCAAAUCUUCAGCAAAUGAUGGGGAACCUUCCCGCCAGAGGACUUUGCGGAGCAAAUUUCGAAGUCAAACUCAGAGACACUUGGCUUCCGCCUGAAAGGCUCACCAGUCUCGCCAAGCAGUACAUGGAACACCCUGACCAGUUCCCAUUUCUUCGAUUCGAGCGAUCUGAAGACACAAGCAACGUGCUCGGCGUUAAGUGGGAUUUCAUGAGGAAGUAUUUCGGCGUGGGAGCUGAGGACUCAGUGCAUUUCCUUCUUCGACUUUUACACCACAUUCAGAAAUCUUGUCCCAGUUCACCAUCAAUCCUUCAAACGCAGUGCAUACUUGAUCUAUAUCAAGCCAUCAAUGCCAAGCUCACGACUGCUACAAAGGCAUCUAAAGAGUCUGCGAGCCAGGCAGUCAGGACCUUUUUCUCUCAGUCUGGUGUCCUCAUCCCAGACAAUAAUAAUACAUCUUGGUCAAAAUCACCGGACUGCCUUUGGCGUGCACCACCGGACAUGACGACGAAAUACUCUCUGCGAAGUCUCUACGCGAGGACCCUCGGAGAAGAACAACUAGCGAAUAUUGAAAAUUUAUUCUGCAGGACUGUGCUCAUGCCGGCAGCUUCCUCUGACCAUCUGAUAGCCGAGCUGCAAAACCUCAGAUUGAUUGACUGUACGGACUUCACUCGCAUAAAACGUCUUUAUGAAUAUCUGGAUUCACUGGGGACAGGUCCGCAACAAAGACUGGCAUUCAAUGACAAGGCUCUCAUCUACGCCCAAAAACACAAUCAGUGGAGUUGGUAUAAGACAACAGACUGUUUGUGGUCGAGCACUACGUCUAUCCGGGGCAAAGUAACUUUGGACGCCGACUAUGAAGAGCUGAAGACAUUCUUCGUCAAAACUGUGGGCGUCAGGUUGCUUACUCUCCAGCUAAUAUACGACGAGCUCAGACAACCGAAGCCUGAGCGGGAUGUUGCCGACCUCAGAAUACUUAUUACGUCGCUCAGCAGUCUACUUGCGACAGAGAAAGGCACCUCUCUGGACCCAAAGCCAAUUAGGGAGGCUGAUGUAUUUCCUGUGAGCUAUUGCAACGGUACAACCACACUGCGAUCUGCGGCAAUCGAUUUUGCUAUUGGGGACAGAGACUAUCUGAGUGACAAGUUCAAGGACAAGAUCGCUCUCUUGGACUAUGACCUGGAAGACGUCCAUCGCCUAAAGCCGUUGUUCGACUGGCUGAACCUCACGGAUCGAUAUUUGUCCUAUUGCGUCAAGGAAUUCACUUCCGUCCCCGAGAAUUCUGGGCAACGGAUCACAAACGGACCUCGAAGUUUGAGGCACAAAGCGUAUCACAUCCUUCGAAUUGCAGCAACGUUCCGUACCACCCGGUAUCAAAUUAGCUCAUCAGGUUUGUACGAAACGUUGAGCUCAAUGACAGUCAAAGCAACAGAUGGCAUUUUCACCAGUUUCCUCAUACAGCAGAACAACAAGACAACGGUCGUCGAAGAGGCGGCUGGGAACGAGCACAUUGAUGAGACACCGGAAGGACUGGUCAUUUACGUACCCAGACAGAAAACAUCGCAGGAGCUAUGUUUCAGUACAGUCUUGCCUCGCAAGUUUGCCGAGUGGCUCAUGCGAGAUCCAACAACGAACAACACAGACGAUGUGGACGAUGACGCUGUCAAGGCGCUGACAGCUGUGUUCACUUGUGGUCGCUUCGCAUUGGACGAGAUCCUCGAUCGCUUGGGCAUCAUACAGCUGUCUAUUCACAAUACAGAUCCUGAAGAUUCAGAAACAGAGCACGACGAUUCUCGGGAUGUUGCACAGGAGGACGUGGAAAAUGACGUCGAUCGUCAACAGGGGCGGCAAUCAACAGACGGUCUUGAGCAGUCCCGCAGACUUCGCGAAGACCACCCUGAGAUUUUGAGGCCCCAUCCGCUCUUGGGAACUAUCAGCGGUCCCGAUUCGCCAGUUGGGGAAAGUCAUACAGAGACAUUGGUAGAGACAACUACCCAUCAAAGUCACAUGUCUCAUCACACGCAGCCGUCCCGUCCUUAUCGACCUACAAUGCGUCUCCAUUCUCCGCAAUUUUUCGGACACGAUAGACCUUCUUCGAUAGAGCAGACCGAUCCUGAUUUAACGAUCAAUGAGAGAAACAGCAUUGCCGACGAUACACGAUACUCCGAGCUCUUGAAUAGAGUAGUCGCUGCGGCCCAGCGGGCAUCGUUUCCAUCUCAAGGUCACUUCGACCUCCGGAGCUUACGAGAGACCUUGCCCACAUACACUACGCCGAGUGAGGUGAUAAGCUUUGACGGCUUGGAAGUCCGUCCUACGUUUCGAUCAAGUAGCCAAUUCGAGCGAGACAAGAAAGUAGGCGCGGCUGGAGAACUCUACGUGUUCGAGCUUCUGAAAAGACUGGAACUGCCAGGUUGGAGCCACAACAACUGGCAGAGCAGGAUCAGGACUUAUGCGAAGGCUCUCCCUGAGUACGCAGACAUGCAAGCAUGGACGGCGAGCGAAACCUCGGAUCUAGUCUACGACGAUAUAGAAGGCCACUUUACGGACAUGCUCAUUGGCUGCGGUCACCUCGAAGAGAGCGAGUGGCGCGGUGCUCGGCCCAAGUACUUCUUGGAAGUCAAAACCACUACUGGACCACUCGAGACACCGUUCUAUGUCAGUGGGAAGCAGUAUAGACUUAUGGAGCAGAAACACCACGCAGAGCACCGUUCAGAGUUAUACAUCAUCUUGCGAGUCUUUUGCUUAAAUGCGACGGCGAUCGAGAUGUGCGUGUACAUCGACCCGUGGCAACUCAAGGAGGAUGGGGCAUUGCGGUUUGAUAGUCAACCCUGGGCUGUAACACCUGGAGAACAGUCAGUAUAUCGGCGGUAAAUAGUGGCGUCGUGGGUCAAUUUUAUGCCGACCUGAGACUGAUUAAAUGCCAACUAUAUCGGG